GAACGCUGCUCACAAUGUGUGUGCUAUGUGCAGUGUAAUAGGUUCAGCGGUGCUGUGACACAAGCCUCGUCACCGCCGCGCGUGCAUCAGACGCGUUUUUAACUGUCGUCGCGUCUUAAACGUCGUCGUAAGUACCGUUCUGUUUAUUUUUAUAUUGUUUUGCGGAUUUCGAUGUUUUUCUAAAAAAAAAAAAAAAUUCUCUAUAAAUAAUAAAACGAUAAUUUUUUUCGACUUUUUUUAUUAUUUACGUCUCGUUGUAACGCCAGACGCCGAGAAUAACAAAAAAACGUAGUGCUUCUGGAUUUUUCACAAGUGGAACGCAAUUAAUAAAUACAAGAUGACGACGACGCCCGCCGUGGCCGCCAUGAUGGUGGUGGCGUUGGGUUGCGCGGCGGCGUUCGAAUACGCUCCCGACCUGGCAGGCCGAUACUGUUCGACCAGGCCUAGAGGUUGUUGCAAAGGCCGACAGGACGACUGUACCGUACCGAUUCUGGACACGUUGUGCUACUGCGAUGACUUUUGCAACCACACCCGGUCCGAAGACUGUUGUCCCGACUUCUUGCCGUUUUGUAAACACAUAGACGUUCCUGUGGCUCCAGCGCCUAUCAAAAAUUGUUACGCCAAUGGACAGACGUAUAAGUAUGGAGAAACGGUCAACAUCAAUUGUAACGAAUGCCGAUGCCAAGAAUCCAAUGGCAAAACACAGAUGAUGUGCAGCUCCAACGAGUGCCUCGUCGACACGUACAUUUUGGAUACGCUUAGGCACCAAGCCCACCGGUUUGGAUGGUCUGCUGGCAAUUACAGCGAAUUUUGGGGCAGAAGAUACGACGAGGGACUACAAUUGCGGCUUGGUACACUGCAUUCCAAGAAAAAGAUUUUGCAAAUGAAACCGUUGAAAGCCGCGUUCCAGCGGGGUAAGUUGCGGCGGUCUUACGACGCCCGCGAAGUCUGGGGAAAAUACAUCUCGAGGCCGAUCGACCAGGGCUGGUGCGGCGCGUCCUGGGCCAUAACCACGGUCCAGGUGACCACCGACCGUUUUGGAAUCAUGAGCAAACGCGCGAUCGGCGACGUGUUGUCGCCGCAACACCUGUUGUCAUGCAAUAAUCUCAACCAGCAAGGAUGUCAAGGCGGCCAUUUGACCAGAGCUUGGAAUUGGAUUAGGAAGUUUGGACUGAUCACAGAGGAAUGUUACCCUUGGCAAGGCCGAAUGUCCACGUGCGCGGUACCGAAAAAGAAGAAAGAGACUAUGGCGCAGUGUCCGAGUCGUGUGAGGUCCAAUAACGACCGUACGACCAAAACUCGACUCCACCGGGUCGGUCCCGUUUACCGGGUGGCCACAGAAGAGGGUAUCAUGCACGAGAUUUUGACCUCAGGACCAGUCCAAGCCGUCAUGAAAGUGUCCAGAGAUUUUUUCAUGUACAAAUCGGGAGUGUAUAAAUGUUCAAAUUUGGCGUCCGGAUCGAGAACAGGAUACCACUCAGUGAGGAUCGUUGGUUGGGGCGAAGAGUACCAGGGCGGCAGGAUUGUCAAAUAUUGGAUUGCAUCGAACUCGUGGGGAAGUUGGUGGGGCGAAAACGGAUACUUCCGGAUACUGAAGGGCGUUGACGAGUGCGAGAUCGAAGAUUUCGUCAUCGCUGCGUGGGCGGACAUCGACGACUUUGACGUGACCGGUAAUCCGCUGGGAUAUGACGUGUUCCUGUUGAAUGGUCCAAAGUCAAAUUCCGUCUGAACGAGCGCCGUGGUUAGGUUAUAUGUUCGCGGUCUGAACCAGAUAAUUGGAAAAAAAAUUCUACUCCACAGCAUCUACAUUCAUGCUGGACCACAAAUAUGAAUAUACCUACAUAUAUAUAUAUACGUACGAUGGACAAAAGUAGACAAAAAAAUAAAUUUAAAAAAAAAACAUUUUAUAAACGAACUUUGUUCGGUAUUUAUAAUCGCUACUUAUAUAAUAAUAUAUAUAUAUAUUGGAUUACCAUA